GUUAGAUGUGGCCGACAGUCGUCUGCUAAUUUCGACCUCCGAUAAAAAAGGUGUAUUCUUGAUUUAUCGAAUACCUUUUGUACCAAGAGAAACAUUCAAAAUGUUUUCUAGAGCUCUAUUAUCAGGUCAACAUGCUCGUUCCGUUGUUUCUUUGGGAACUAGAGCUACAGCCACAUCGGUCAGCUCUAAUGCUGCAUCUCAAACACAAGGAGAUAAUCCUCCAGAAUGGAGAAGGCCUGUCCGUUUGCAAGAACCGGGCAAAGUUCGUAUGGGCUUCAUCCCAGAGGAAUGGUUCCAAUUCUUCUAUAAGAAAACUGGUGUAACUGGUCCAUAUACAUUUGCAGUAACAUUAUCCACUUAUAUGUUCAGCAAAGAAAUUUUUGUGUGCGAGCAUGAAUUCUAUAAUGGAUUAUCCUUGGCGAUUUUGUGUAUUGCUGCUGUUAAAUUGACUGGACCCAAACUAGCUGCUUAUUUGGAUAAAGAAAUUGAUGAAUAUGAAAAUUUGUGGAACAAGAGUCGUCAAGAUUAUAAAGAUUCAAUCAUUAAUUGUAUCGAGGGGGAAAAAAAGGCACAGAAGAGUAUGGAGGGUCAGCUGCUUCUAAUUGUAGCUAAAAGGGAAAAUGUAGCCCUUCAACUAGAAGCUGAUUAUCGCAGAAGACUAAUGACAGCCUAUAAUGAUGUCAAGAGGAGAUUAGAUUUCCAAGUAGAGAAAUUGAACAUCGAAAAGAGGAUCACACAAAAGAACUUGGCUGAGUGGGUGGUUGCUAAGGUACAAGCAUCCAUCACACCAGAUCAAGAAAAACAGAAUAUCGACAAAUGCAUUUCCGAUCUAGCAGCUAUGGCUAAAGCUUAGAUUGUAUUUUAAUGUUAAGUGUACAGUACUGUAUUUCAAUUAAUGAAUUUCAUUGGAAUUACAAACUUUGGAGGACUUUAAUACAAGUUACUACAACCUCUCAUAUGUCAAAUAGAUAUUGAUAUAAAA